AUGCACAAUCUUUUAGGAAGCAAAUUUAAGGGCCAUUGUAGACAAUUAUUCGCAGCAAUUACAGUGAAUCUCGUCACGUUUUCGUUUGGACUUUACACGGGAUGGUCUUCGACGGUUGCGCCUAUGCUCCAAAACGCAACGAACACUCCACUCGACCAUGGUCAAGUGCUGACGGCCAACUCAAUUUCUUGGGCCUGCAGCUGGGGUAUGCUCAGCGCCAUACUGGGCACGUUCUUCUGGGGUAUGUUGGCGGACAACUGCGGCCGGAAGACUACCGGUUUCCUGACCAUGUUACCAUACCUGGUCAGCUGGGUCAUCCUGUUAGUUUUUAAGACGGAGACAGCACUGAUGGUGUCCCGGUUCCUGGGUGGUCUGGGGGCCAGCGGGGCGGCCAUCAACUGCCCGAUGUACGUGGGCGAGGUGAGCGAGGCGAGCAUGAAGGCAGGCCUAGGUUCGCUGUUCAUACUCAUGUACAACAUCGGUGUGCUGUACGUGUACGUGUUUGGCGUGAUGGUUAACUAUGACUAUCUGAACGUGGCCUGUCUGGCCAUCAGCGUGUUGUUCAUGGUGGUGUGGAGCUAUGUACCCGAGUCGCCAAUAUUCCUUAUCCAGAAGAAUCGGAUGGAUGAGGCAAGGCGGUCGCUCAUGUGGUUCCGGGGUAAGGACAACGACAAAGAGGUAAGCGAGGAAAUCGACUCUCUGAUGCGGCACAGUGACCAGACGACCAAGGCCACGCUGGCCGACUACAAGAAACGUGGCACGGUCAAGGCGCUGCUCAUCGGCCUGGUGUUCCAGGCGGGCACACAGUUCAGCGGCAUCAACAUCAUACUCAUGUACACGGUAGACAUAUUCCAGAAGAGCGGUAGCACUUUGUCCCCACAUUCAUGUACCAUACUUGUGGGCGUGGUGCAGGUCAUCGGGUCCGCGAUAGCGUCAUGCACGGUACACAGGGCCGGCCGCAAGUUCUUCCUGAUGGCUACGUACGCGAUCACCGCCCUGGCGCUGAUCACCAUCGGCUCGUGUUUCUAUGCCAACAAGGUGGACUCGACGAUUAACACCGGCAUGUUGCCCGUGCUCAGCCUAUCGGUGCACGUGAUCGCGUUUUCGCUGGGCCUGGGUAUGGUGCCAUAUAUCAUCUACACCGAGGUAUUCCCUGCCAACGUGCGCAACAUAUGCAUGUCCAUGCUAAUGUUCUUCAACAACGUGCUGGGCUUCGUCAUCAUUAAGGCGUACCCGUCCAUGUCGGACGCGUUGCACAUAUCCGGCUGCUUCUGGGUGUUCGGCGCUGUGUGCCUGGCCGUUGUGCCGUAUACCUACCUGUUCGUUCCCGAGACCAAAGACAAGGCGUACGAUGAUAUCCGCCGUGAGCUGCUGCUGUGGUUCCCGGACAGGCGGCACAAUGACAAGGCGUCGGAGGUGGCGAAGGCGGAAAAGGCGGCAGCGGUGGACCAAGUAGAAGGCGGCGGCGGCAACGUGGUCGUAGUUGAAGCUAGUGAGAUGAAAGUCUGCAUGGGAAAGGAUCAGAGUUGCUUCACGACACCCCAACAGACGCGUGACAAUGUUAAAUAA